AGAAGAGAAGAUACGGAGUACGGACGGAGAUAAAAAAGUCAGAGAACUAGAAUCGAAGUGUCAACCCUUUUGUCACUAUUAACUUGGAUCCGCUUUUGGGCAGCAAGACUGUUUAUUAGGUCAUGACCCAAGCUGCAACUCAACCCAGGAACAGUCCAGUAGUUGAGAAACACCUUCACGAGAUGAUGCGAGACACUCCGUCGAUGAAUGAGAGUAGCAAGGCCGUCCACUCUGGUACAACACCCCCCACUCCUCAAAGAGGUUACAACCAGGCUCCAGCAUCACUACCGCUGUCCAACUGUGCUUUUCUUUUUUCAGCUCCGGCAGCUCAAAGUCCAACAUCACCCAGUCAAAAUGGUGACUCGCAGAUGUUAAAAAUACCCCCAUCAAAAAUAGAGACGAUAAAGAACUGGAGUAUUUCAACCUACAAGUGUACAAAACAGUUGAUGUUUGAAAAACUAGGGAAAACCUCUAGAACGGUUGAUACAGAAUUAGAGACGCAGAUUGAACAGUUGAGAGACACACAGCGCAAGUACUCCAACAUCUUGAGACUCUCACGAGCCUUGGCUAGUCACUUCUACCACGUGGUUCAAACUCAGCACGCACUCGGAGAGGCGUUCUCAGACCUGGCGCAGAAAUCACCUGAACUGCAAGAGGAGUUUCUUUACAACUCAGAGACACAGAGAAACCUCACCAAGAACGGAGAAACUCUACUCAACGCUCUCAACUUCUUUGUGUCCUCGGUCAACACAUUGUGUAAUAAAACCAUCGAAGACACUCUGCUGACUGUACGUCAGUACGAGACUGCUCGCAUUGAGUACGAUGCGUAUAGAACUGAUCUGGAACUUCUCAUACAAUCUCCACGCUCAGAGAACACCUCACAACGACUGGAAGAUGCUCAAGUAUCGUUUGACAAGCACAAAGACGAGUUUGAGAAACUUCGCUCUGAUGUCAUAGUUAAACUCAAAUUUCUCGACGAGAAUAGAAUAAAAGUGAUGCACAAACAGCUGUUGCUGUUCCACAACGCAAUCUCAGCGUAUUUCUCAGGCAACCAGCAAGCUCUAGAAGCGACACUCAAGCAGUUCAACAUCAAGGUGAAGUCUCCGAACUCUGCCAUUCCUUCGUGGCUAGAGCAAUAGUCCUAGACUACACUUGCAUUGUUAUCUUUCAUUACAAAUACAGUAUUUUAAAUUGUAUUUAAUUUUGUUUCAACGGUUCGAUUAGUGCCAUGUCAUACAUGGUUAAGUAUUUUUACGAUUUCUGACAUUCCUAAAUAAAUACAUUUAACCGGCAGUAAAUUGGUGAAAGUAUGAAGUAAUAAUUUGGUUUUCUUGUUGGAGAUUCAAAAAUGUGUUUACAAUUGUCAAUCCAUGACUUGUUUUUACUGUUACUAACACUUCAGAAAUAUUGCGAAGAAUUGAAUAGUGAAUUUUCAUUUGUUUAUAUUUUGCAGCUAAAUAUGUUUUUGCAAUUGUUAAGCCAGCUCUAAAUUCUUUGAUACCAGCAUUAUGUCUUUAUUUUAUAGAAUUUAGAGGAAAUUGCUUUUAGGAAGAUCCAUUUUUACAUAUCACAAUAAUUUACAAGAACUGUUGUAGCAUUGUAGUAUCUGUUUUAUUUCAUUUUUCUGUCGGUCGGCCAGUUUUUAUAUUCUCUCUUUACAUGUAAAAAUUAAUUUACAAAGGAAAUUGAUAACCAAAGUUUGGUUCAUCAUAACAAAAUUAGUAUAUUUUACACUAAAUUGAUAUUUAAUCUUAUAACAAGCGUGUUGGGGUUUUAAUUUUGUAACUUGUUGUUGACUGUUGCUUUUUAUGUAUUUCGUUCCAGUACAAACAUUCCAGCCAGCUAUUUUAAGUAUUAUUCGGUAGAUGUAGCUGUAUAUUUCUAUAAAAAUAAAAUAAAUUGCAAAAAAAAAACGAGCAGUCAUAGUCUUUUAUGGGGUCAGCUAUGUAAUCAUGAAUGGGAGACUUUUUGUAAAAUAUGAUUUGUAGUCAGUUUAAGAAAGACACCAUAGUGCCUAUCUUAUGGUUUUAGCUACACCCCAUGUAUUUUUGUUUUUAAUAUUUUGCACUAAAACCAAUAUUUCUCCACAGGUUUGCCAGAGUUAGCUGCACUCGGUUUACUUCUACAAUUUUGCAAUGUAAAAUCUAAUUUAUUUUAACUUGUGCAAUUUAUAAGUAUUAUUUAAUAAUAGACACAAAAGUAGUUGUGAGAUUCCUAAAUCAAGUACAGGUAUUUUGUACAUAAGUAUGGAUGUACUUAAUUUAUUUAUUUAUUAUAGUAUAAUAUAUUUUCCCAAAUUAGUUUUAAGUUGUGUAUAUUUAUUGAUGUAUGUGAAUCUUAUGGGUUUGGUUUAAGUGAGUAAUGUAUUGAUUAAGUACCUACUAUUAGGAUUAGGCUAUUUUUUUUAUAUAAACCCAAAAUUAAUGUUAGAGAUAGGGAUAGUUGUUCAUAACUUUUACCAAUACCGUCCUCACUAAAUUGAAAGAAUAUAAGGUUGAAUGCAAUUGGCAUGUUUGAAAAUGUAAACAACAUGUUAUCACUUAUCAAUGUAACAGACCAACAACACCAAAUUUUGUUCGAAAAACAUUGGUUUAGUUAUAAUACUCACUUAUGCACAAACCAUUCACUGUCUGUUUCAGUUUACAAAAUUAAAUUGUAAAACGCAUAAUACAUUAUUAAAGAAUAAAUAAAAAUAUUUAUCCCAAGACAACCUUGUCCAGUAAUUUUCGGUGAAGAAGUUUUGUAACUUUCAAAUGUUUACAAAGAUAUUAUAUUCAAUUUCAAAGAUAGCGAAAAGAGUUUCCAUUGCAUACAAAUUUAAUAAUUACAGUAUUAGAAAUGUAUCUGUACAUUUACCUUUUACGGCUGAUAUAUUUACUAAAAGAUACAAGUUUGAGUAAAAAUGAUUUUUAUAAUUUAAUACAGGGCCUGUUACUUAUCUCACCAGCUCACAAUUUGCACAAAACACAUUGUUUUAGUUAAAGCCAUUUUUAUAAUAGUUUUAAAAGUUGUGAAUUAGUCUUAUGAGUUUUGUUAUUUUCAUGUUUUACUUAUUUAUAAAAAAAAUUGUGUAGUUUUAAGAACCAUCAAUUUUAUGAGGUAAAAAUUUAAUUCAUCGAGAGUUUUAAGUUAAUUUUUGGAUUUCUACCAAGACGAAUCUCUUUACAGUGUUAGUUACUACAUUACAUCAUUAGGUCACAAAAUUUAACAAGCAAAACUGAAUUUCUCUAUAGUUUUUAAUUGCUGAAUUUGUUUGUGGAUUUGGCACGAGUGGGAAUUUUAUUUUUUUCCCCAAUGUAGGUCAAAAGACAUAAAUCUAGUCCUUUUCCUAUUUAAUGUGGAACUGCUGUUUGGUAUCAUUAAAUUAAUGGCCCAAUGGCAAAAGACAAUUAUUAAGUCUUGAAUAAAUUCUUUCCAGGAUCAGACGACUUGUUACCUUAAAAUUUAAAUGCAAGCUCUCAUACCACUUGGCUAACCAGUCAAUCUAAGUAUGACUCCAUGAAUGGAUUAGAAUGCUUUUUAAACACUAGAAAUAUUCUAUUUUACCUAAAUUGAUAAUGAUUUUAAGUGCAAAUGUCUUUAGAUAAGGAUUUUGUGGUGGAUAAGUUUAAUAGGACACUCACCUUACUAUGAAUACAGAUGAAAAUUUACAAAUAAACAAAGAAUUGUUGGAGCUACUAGCUCCUUCAGUAGUUAAGUCUUUCAUGUGUUAUAUUUUUGUGCAUUUUCGUCGUGAGAGUAAGCUUGCCGUUAAAUCUAUCCACCACAAAAUCCUUAAAAACCUUUUAUUAAGACUAGUAAAACCUCCAUGACAUAUAAGAUAUUUAACCUAACAUUUUAAUAAAGAUAGAUGAAAAAUCUUUCUACUCCUUUUUUUCUGUGGUUGUUCAGCACUUUGGAUCUUAAGUCAUACAGAGGUGCCCAUCCCUACCAAGGUCAGGGGCGCAAAGUCCCCCUCAUUUCAUACUGCCCCUUACUCCUCCCCAAAUAAAAUAGCCACCUGCCCAUUCCAAACAAAAAUUUCAAGGAUCUUACAUUCACUUUCCAAUGCAACAAUGAAAUAGUCAUGAUAGAUGGUCUGUCUCUUCACCCCUCCCCAAAUAAUAUAACAACAAACGCAAGACAUGUUGCUGCUACGAGAGUGAAGAAAAUAGAACUAUUUUUCUCCGAGGAUGCGGUAUUUUUUCUGCCUGCAUCAUGUUAUCUUGACAAUUGCUUAAGUCUCUCAUUGUAAACUUUUCUAGUUUAUGCCGUUAAUGAUCAAAUUGAAUCAGUUGUCGUGACAAUGUCUUCUCAUUUACCCGGGGCUGCAAAGACAUCAUCAUUGCCUCCUGUGAUCGCGGGAAUAAGUUGACAUCCUUCCAUGGUACGGUAGCGAAGAUAUCAUCACCGACUCCUGUUAACGUGGGAAUGGGUUUUUGUAAGGGACAACAUCAUUUUAGGGUUACCGUACUCAUGAAAAACUUAAUGCAUUAUUAAUACAAUGUAAAAUGUGCAAUGUGUAAAAUAAAAUCCCCUCUGGGCACCCCUGCACACAAUUGAUAUUAAGUACCUACUGAAUUUUAUUGAACUGUUCCUGCUAUCAUGAGAAAUGUGACAAUAAAUUGCAUAAGGAAAGUUAUGUUAUUAAAACUAAGAUUGUGGUUGUGAAUGUAUGGAAAUCACCCUUAGUAUUUAUUGUAGGCCCCUGUUUCUAAUUUACAUCCCCUGAAUUUGUUUCAAAAGUAAUUCAUACAUGAUGAUAUCUUUGUAACGACAGUCAAACAUAAUAACAUGACAAUGCUAUUAAAAUCACCUUUUAAUUUUGCUUACUUUUGUAAUUCCAUGAUUUGUGAAGAACUGACUGGUAUUUAAGACAACCUGUAGCCUAUGUUGUAUAUUUAGUUGUUGUGUUCCUCAUAAAUAGUUAUUUAUUGUUUGUUUAUAUUUUACAGUUUAUUUAAGUUAUGCAAUUGCUAAGAUGUGUGAGAUUUUGUCCAUAUUUAUUUACAUUAUGCUUUUGUAACUCUAGUCUGAAUCAAUAAAAAGAAACAAA